AUGCUGCUCGUAAUAGUUUUAAUGUUUUUCGAAGUGGCAAAACCGCAAGAGGUAACGACCCUGUCUAGUCUGUUGGAACAGAGAAAGCAACACGCUUUUGAAGUGAACGAGUAUUUGAAGAAGUUGUUGAGCCCUGUUCCCACUAGAAAAGGCCCAGUUCUCUUCCCUAAUGACGCUCCGCCACCACCGCCGACCCCUCUCAUCGUAACAUCAAGACCUCUAAAAGAGUCGAUAGCCAAGAGCGAGCUGAACACAAAUCUGACGGGUAAUACAAUAACGGAUCAGUCCCAGCUCAACACGGUGUCUCUCAAGCCAAAUUACUUCGCAAGGAUCACUAACUACAAGCCCAUACCUUUGAGGUUGCCAGCCGGCCAGUCCUCUUCACUGAGAAGUGGUGUUGGUUUCACACUAUCACCAACAAUUGGAUCGAAUGUUGUUGAUCAUGACUACUCCUAUGACCCAGCACAAUAUACGGAUAUCGUGAAGAAGUCUAUCACGGGGGAUUUUGGGUUCAAGGAGAGAUACCCUGAGUAUGAUGAUAAGGUUACUUUACCUCCGAUAUACAACGCGAUCUCACAGCACGCGGAGCAAAACGCAUUGAAAACACAGCAAAGUCAUCCUGUCUACGAUUAUCAGGACAAGGGCUACGCGUUUUCCUACAUAGUGAAAGAUCAAAAAACUGGCGACGAUUUCUCCCAUUCCCAACGCAGCAGUGGUUCCGCUACAAACGGAGAGUACCGAGUUAGAUUACCUGAUGGUCGUUUACAGAUAGUUUCGUACACAGCAGAUGAGAACGGAUAUAAAGCUGACGUGAAAUACGAAGUGGACAGCACUGGGAACAGUGCUGAUUACAACUUUGACAAACAGAACCAAAAAGAACCAAAUACCCGCAAAGGUUAUAACGAUAACUCCAAUCAAUUUACUAAUAAUGCAGCAAAAUAUAAUGGCGAAAACAAUAAAUUCUAUUCCGAAUAUAAUUCACCAACAAAAGUAGAAUUAUAUCAAGACUUAUCCAAAGAAUAUUAUAAUGAUUAUUCUUCAGAAUAUGGGACUAAGAAUUAUGAUCCGCAUCACAGUAAAUUUGCAGAUUUACUCCAAGGGGAAAAAACUGAUAAGCUUAGUAAUUUAAACUUCAAAACAACUUUCGACCAGAAUUAUCUAACAUCAACACUAAAACCUAAUUACCAAGAACUCAAAGAUGUUUUAACGAAAGCCUUGCCUAAUGUACAACCAACGUUCAAUUAUAACUAUCCUAAAUUAGAAACAACAACAGAGAACUUAGUACUAAUUGGUGAUCGAAAUCGAUUUACAAGUCCUAACACACCCUCGUUCUCUUCAGACUUUAAUAGUUUUGUGGCUUCCACUCCUAGAAGCUAUCUAGUUUCGACUAUUGAUAGUCUGAGAGGUAGAGUAGGGUCCAAGCCUCUAUUAUCGGAUAGCUUUAUUAACAGAAUCAACAAGUAUUUAUCUUUUAAGUGA